AUGACAGCAUACAUGAGGAACAAGAAUGUUUUUGUGUCUUGUCUGAUGUUCUUUCUAACGAUUGGUUCCUUGAACGCGCAAAAGGCAGACAUAAACGCGAUUUGCGCGAAAGCCAAAAACCCAACCUUCUGUUCGAACUACAUGAAAUCAAACCCAAAGACUUCGACUGCUGAUAUCAAAACGCUUGCAAAGAUCACAUUCGGUUCAGCGCAAGCAAAUGCAUCAGGAGCUUUAACGAAAAUCCAGUCUCUAGUCAAGACAGAAACGAACCCAACUCUGAAGAAAGGGUACACGUCGUGCGCAGAGCAGUAUAAGAAUGCGAUGAGCAGUCUCAACGACGCUAAGCAGAGCCUAGACUCAGGCGAUGGCCCGGGGCUGAACAUUAAGGUUUCAGCAGCUAUGGAAGGAUCUACAACAUGUCAAGAUGAUCUUGCCAAGGUCAAAGCCGAUCCUUCUACUGUUAAGAACAGUGGUGAUUUUCAGAAUAUUUGUGGCAUUGUUCUUGUUAUCUCCAACAUGAUGAGAUAA